AUGCUCAUGGAGAGGCCAAAGAGGGCGCGUAUACCCUCUGUAACUGCAGCAGAGGCAGCGGCCGCUGCUGCAGCUACUGCAGCUAUUGCAGCACAGCGCGACUUUGUACUGUCGUCGCCGCUACCAACGCUCAAGACGCAGCCUGAGGCUGUAACUAUCGAUCUAUCCGCCAAGUCAAAUUCGCCGACAGCAGGCUGUGUUACGCCUAUGGCAGCCGCCCCUAUUUGCUCCGCCAACUUAUCAUUGCUGUUAAACGCACUAGAGUACAAUCUUAAGGUUAAAUAUAAGCUAAUUGUUAACAGAAGGAGCGCUGUUUACCGCGCACCAGAGCAGCACAAUCGCUUUAUAUGGUGGCUAGAGGACGCAGAGAAUGUUGUAAAUGAGCUGCUAGCCAUGCCAGAGGCUCAACUUAAAGGCUGCGUACUCAGCAGCUGCUUAACAAGGCGAGAGCGGUACAGCAAUUGCAGGAUAUGGCCACGCAGGAGGACUGGGAGAAGAGACUCCACCGCCACUGGCGUUGUAGUAACACGCACUUUAAAGAAGCGCAAGCGUCAGCAGGCUAGGCAGAAGGCAGAGGACGAUGCCCGGUGGCGAGAGGAGCAGCGCGAGAUGGUUCAACUCCAGCGCGAAAAUAUGAGGUUACAGCCAAACUUUCCCGGAUUUGGCCAGCCUAGCCUGCCAAUAGGCUAUCCAUACGGCCCUGCUGCUGCUGCUAGUUACCCUCAGCCUGCUUAUCCUCUCCAUCUGCAGCAGCUUUACUCGCCUUUACCGCCGUCACUACCGCCACCAAUUGCUUAG